CUGACAUGUAAACUUUGUGGUAAUACAUACAAAAACAGCAACAGUCUUCGUGUACACUCUUAUGUCCAUCGUAACCCAAAGCGAAAUAAACAGUAAAUCAGCCCAUGUUACUGCUGUUUAAGUGAGGCGUUCGCGAUGGGUUAUUUCGGUCUUUCGAGAUUGGGACAUUUCCCAACACAGUACGCAGAGGUGAAAACUGCAGUCACUGUUGACGUUUUGGAAGUUGGUCUCAUUCUGGCAUUUGUUAUUGUUGGUGUUGCUUUCCUAAUCGCUGUGCUUGGAUUCAGUAUUAUAAGAUGCUCAAACGCUGCAGUGAAAAUCAUAUGCAGUAUUAUGAUUGGCUGUUUCUUGAUGCUGGGAAAUUUCGGUCAAGAAUGGGAAGUAGGAACUGUAAAGAGUGUGGUACCAUAUCGUGCCGGUAAUCCAUACCAAAUAAAUGCCAGCAUCGGCAUAAAGUUGGGACUCCGUUCGGUAAAUAUCACUCUACAAGCAAAUACUGAUGAGACGCCUCUCGAAGGUGAGAUAAUCAAUUACAACGAGAGAUUUUCCUGGACUUGGGAUCAAGGGAGAUUUGGAUUUGGUCCUUACGCUGGUUUGCUGCAACGAAGCUUCCGUGAGGCUCAAAGAAAAGGUUUACCUAUUCCAAUUCUCUCGAUCAUGGAGUAUUUCGUUGUAGAUGGAGAGGGUUUGAGAUACGGCAGAUUUUACAGAACGGCUGGGUGGUACACUCAUAUUUUAAUGUGGACUGCUUUUGCCACUUGGAUUGUGACUAACAUAUUUCUAGUCAAGUCGGGAUGUUACGCAGCCUAUUUUCUUGCCUUGACCGGUGCAUUACAGAUUUUAGCUUGCAUUGUUUGGGGCUCUGUACGCAACCCUUAUCCGCUAGUCAUCCCAUUUGAAAAUGGUGAAAUAACUACAUCUUAUGGAUUAAAUUUCUGGAUGGCGUUAGUGUGUGGAAUCAUGUGUUUAUUAUUUGCGGCUGUAAUGUUUAUUAUGGAUCUUUGGUUUACGGAAGAGUUAUCCUCUUUCCUUGGGCUUGAUUCCAUAGAUGACUUUGAUGAUCGUGUACUGUCGGCCAACGAGGUUGAACUUCUGCGGCAAGAAAUAGGGGGAAAAACGAAUAACAUGGAGAUGCAACGUUUAACCGUUCAGAUGGAUGGUCAUGACCAAACACCAACAAGGGUUUUAAAGAGACGAUCAUCAGUUGCGAGAGCUCGGAAACAUAGGUACAGAUUACCGCAACCAGCGAUCAAUGAGUCUUAUGAUAAUGAAGACCCAAUUUAUGAAAAUACUGCCAGUCAGCCAGGGAUGUCAAUGCAGGAAGGCACAAGUCAAAGCCGAGAGAUACUGUAUCCAAUACCGAAACACUUUGACCUUUUUUUCUUAUACUUUUGCAAUUCUCAAAAAUUCUUAGAAAGAGAAUUAAAUGGACAUGUAACAGUUUAG